UAUUACUUAAUAAUAAUACCUAGGCUUUCUGGAUUAUUAAUUAGGAAUAGUAAUCGCUUAGCAAAUUCUGCAACGGAGGAUGGGCGACGUCCAAGGGAAGAGAAAAGGUGAUCCGGCUAUUGAACGAGAUCGGGGAAUCCAAACUCGGGAAGAUCAGCUCGGGUAUUGUGAGAAACGGAAUGACCUGCUAAAAUACACAAGGAGUGCAGAACAAGGCAUAGAAUACCACAACAAGAAGCACGAGGGUGCUAAAUUUAAGCUGGUGGAGAUCAUAUCUGCACGUUCUUUCUUUUCUAUGGGUGUUUGGGAGCAUAUCAACUUCACUGCUUCUGAAGAUGACAAGUCUCUGAAAUUGUUUUUUGCUGAAUUGUCACAUGGAGAAGCUCAUUGGGGAACGAAUCAUAAUACAGAAGCCGAAAAAAUCACUGCAUGUUGUUUGUUGGAAGAAGGGUCUACCAAAGAUUACUGUGGAUUUUGUCCCCAUGAAGACAAAGUUUAUCACCCUCUUCAGGGAUUUACAGCAGGGAUUCGCUGGUGAUUUUCUUGCUUUUUGUUGAGGAGCUUCCUUCAACCAAUAUGCCGAAAACUAUAAUGAAGCGCAACCUUAUUCCCACCCAAUAGUAUCCUACCCUACACCCCUUCAGCUAGCAAAGGAAUUUUCCCACAGAUCCAUUUGUUAAAGCUUUCUCAGUUUUAAUGGUCCAUGUGCAUGUUUGAAUAGCUGUCUUGCGAAUUUGUAUGUUGUUGUUGCGGUAUCUUUACAAUGGAAAGAAAUGAAAAGAAACUAAGCUUGCGAGUUUGAAUGA